AUGACCUCCAAGACCACUGAACAAGAUCCCCCGGUGGAAUUGCCGCCCACUGGUCGUGGCUAUAAGGUCUACAAGCGUCGAUUCUGGGGAUUGUUGCAGUUGGUUCUGUUGAAUAUCGUCGUGAGCUGGGACUGGUUGACCUUCUCCUCCAUCUCAACCACGGCGUCGGAGCAUUUUGGGGUCUCGGAGAGUGCCAUCAAUUGGCUGAGUACGGGCUAUCUCUUCGCUUUUUGCGUCGCAAGUCCAACUGACGUCUUGCCCACCACCCCCAGCGUCGUGAUCCUCACUCUCAACAAGGGUGGCCCUAAACCCGCCAUCAUCAUCACGUCGACCCUCUUGCUGGUAGGCAAUUGGAUUCGAUAUGCCGGUACUCGCGCCCGCGGAGGCAUGUUUGGCGUCGUCAUGUUCGGCCAGAUCCUCAUCGGGUUCGCGCAGCCAUUCUGUCUGAGUGCCCCAACGCGAUAUAGCGAUCUCUGGUUUUCAGAUCGUGGACGAAUCAGCGCAACUGCUCUCGCAACGCUGGCCAACCCGCUAGGAGCAGCCCUGGGCCAACUGAUCGAUUCCUUCUGGGCCGAAGAGGCGAGCGAGAUUCCAGACAUGGUCCUCUACAUCUCCGUCAUCGCCACGAUCGCAUCCCUACCUUCGUUCUUCCUUCCCGCCAAACCACCCACGCCGCCGAGCGCCUCGUCCGCGGCCACUGUGCAGGCACCCCUCCUCCCCGCCAUCAGCCAGCUGCUGCGCACGCUGGAGUUCUGGCUCAUUCUGAUCCCCUUCUCCGUCUACGUCGGCUUCUUCAACAGCGUUUCGUCGCUGCUCAACCAGAUCCUAUCCCCGUACGCCUUCAGCGAAACGGAGGCCGGCAUCGCCGGCGGCAUCCUCAUCGUCGUUGGCCUGAUCAGCUCCGCCAUCAUCUCGCCCAUCACCGACCGCUUUAAGCACUACCUCGGUACUAUCCGAGUGCUGGUCCCCAUCGUAGCAAUCUGCUACAUCGCGCUGAUCUUCGCGCCGCCCAGCCCCCUCGGCAUCGCGCCCUCGUACGUCGUCCUGGCCAUUUUGGGCGCCGCCUCGUUCGCCCUCCUGCCCGUCGUCCUGGAGUACCUCGUAGAAAUCACGUAUCCGUUCUCGCCCGAGAUCGGCAGCACCAUCUGCUGGACGGGUGGCCAGCUGCUAGGAGCCAUCUUUAUUCUGGUCCAGGACGCCUUGAAGGCUGGGGGCCAGGCUUCUCCGCCCUUGAAUAUGCAAAACGCCCUGAUCUUCUCGGCUGUCGUUGCCGUCAUCGCAGCGCCGUUUCCCAUUUGCAUCGGGCUGUUCGGCCGCGAUGUGCGCCGCCGUCGGCUGGAUAUCGACCGCGGAGUCGUUUUGGAUGCAACAGAGGCUGGUCGGGAGGACAUGCAGCAGGUGCAGAGCGGAGAGGACGGCGCAGCCCCGGCGAGGUCCAAGUUCAGUGCCCUGAAGUUUUGGUCGAGAUGA